GGCUGUGAUGGGCUUACAUGUGGUUGUGUGUAAGGCUGAAUGUGAACCUUGUUUAUCGUUAUUGUGCUGACAGUUUUGUGUAUUAUGAUAAAUUUUGUAGUUAGAGUCAUAUUAAUAGAUUUUGUGAAAUAUUGUGAUAUGUACAGAGGUCUUGAUAAAAGAAAAAGAUAGUACGAAACGACUAUACUGAAUGGUACUAUUUGAGGUUAUGUUGUAAGGUUAGGGUUUAGUUGGCAUAAUACUUUUUUUGGAAUUAUCAAAUAAAACAUGGCCGAAUCAGAAUCUGAUUACGGCAAUGCGUGUAUUGGUGCUAUUCAUUCUGACGAACCCAGUAUUGUGCCUAUUCCAUUAGCAUCAUCUGAUCCCAACAAAAGAACUGAAGAAAUUUGCAUACAGGAGAGUGAUGUUCAAAUGAUAUUAAGUGCUGAUGUAUCAUUAACGAAGCAAGGUGAAGAAGGUAAUGAGACAAAGAGGGGGGCAGAGCUCCUACAUGGGAAUGAUCAUGAAUAUAAUGACAUGAACUCAGACAUGGAAGUAAAGUGUAAUCAAGGAGAAAUCUUUGUAACAAAUACGCUUAUUGAAAAAGCAGACAGUGUGGUAGACUCCCACACAGUGUCUCAUUUGAAACAUAUUGAUAACAUUUCAAGUGCAGAAGAAGCUCCACAGGAAAUUAUUUCUGCAGCAAGUGAUCUACAAAGUUAUUCUUUACAGGAGUACAAAUUUGAAAAUAGCAGUCAGAUUACUAGGGCUUGGAGAGAAUUUAAUAAGAAGGAAGACAUUUGCAUGAAGGGGUGUAAAUGGUCACCAGAUGGCACAUGUAUCCUGACAAACAGUGAUGACAAUGUGCUACGGGUAUUUGAUCUGCCACCAGAGCUGCACUGUCAGGAGUCUUGGCAAGAAGGCAGGAUAUUGCCUGAGUUGAAGCCAGCCCUGCAAGUUGCAGAGGGUGGACUCAUAUACGAUUAUUGCUGGUACCCACUUAUGUCUUCAUGGAACCCGCUGUCCUGCUGCCUGGUAAGCACUAGUAAGGAUUCUCCCAUCCACCUUUGGGAUGCUUUUACUGGGGAACUGCGCUGUACAUAUCGGGCUUACAACGCUGUAGAUGAAGUUGAAGCAGCACACAGCCUGGCAUUCAGUCCUUCUGGUGAGAAAUUAUACUGUGGCUUUAAAAAUUCCAUAAGAAUAUUCAACACAAAUAAUCCAGGGCGACAGUGUGAAACGAGAAAUUUGAAACAGUCAUCCUUUUCCUCACAGAGGCAGACUGGUAUUAUAUCAUGCAUCUGUGUUAAUCCAGCAAUGCCAGAUAUUUAUGUGGUUGGGAGCUACACCAAGUCCAUUGGUGUGUAUUCGGAACCAAAUGGGUCAGUGCUGUGUCUUCUCCUGGGCCAUAGUGGGGGAAUAACACACCUACAGUUCUCACCAGAUGGCACUAAGCUACUGAGUGGUGGACGCAAGGACUCUGAGGUCAUAUGCUGGGACAUACGGAACCCUGGGACCGUUCUCUUCUCUGUCCAGCGAGAUGUUGCCACCAACCAGCGGAUGUACUUUGACAUCACACCUGAUUCCAGAUAUCUUGUGUCUGGUAACACGAAUGGUUGUGUUAGUGUUUGGGAUAUGUUGCAGAUUUCAAGAGCAACUGCAGAAGAAACAGUUCUUUCUUCGUGCACGUCAUUCACUGCCCACAGUGAUUGUGUGAAUGGCAUAAGCAUACAUCAGCAGUAUCCAAUCCUGGCUACAGCAUCAGGUCAGCGCCACAUGAGACAUUCGGAAUCAGAAUCGGACUCUUCAAUGGAUAGUAGUUAUCAGGAGACAUGUCUGAAGUUGUGGUGGGUUGGUAACAUUGCAUCAGAGUCAUAACAGAAAGGUAUAAACUCACAAAUGAACUUUGAAGAACCAUCUGGAGUUGACCUGCAAGCUGCGUAUGAAUGUCCAGGCUGUGGGAUGGUCAUCUCUGUCCACAAUCAUGGCAUCUAGAAAACUGAAGAGAAAUCACUCUGGAAGCAAAGGUUUCAUACACAAAAUCAAGAACCACAUUAGCUGUGUAUGGUCUGGCUCCAUCUUGCACAAACCACUGUGUACUGAUCAGCAGUCCUAUUAAUAUAAGUUAUAGCAUGAAUUUAUUAUGGAAGAAAGUGAUGUGUAUGUUCUAUGGUCCAGAAUGAAACAUUUUCCUUGUUGACAACUCCAUCCAUAUGGAAAUGAUCCACAUCAAAGAACCAUAUGUUUUGGAGAAUACUUUCUUUUUGCUUCACCCAACUGGGCUCAGUCGCUUUUCUGUACUCCACCUCCUCUCUCUCCAUACCUCAUCGUAUGAGGCUAAAGAGCUUGGAGUCAAAAUAUGUGCAGUUCAGGGAUUUCACAUGUACGAGGCUCGUCCACAAAGUAAGUUUCCCUGGGGCCGUUUACAGAAACAAAACACAAUUUCAUGGAAAUAUUUAUUGCAACAGAUACAGCAAGUGUCCAGCUAUUUUUCAACAUA